AUGUCUGGUCGCGGUAAAGGUGGUAAAGGACUCGGAAAGGGAGGAGCCAAGCGUCAUCGCAAGGUUUUGCGUGACAACAUCCAGGGCAUCACCAAGCCCGCUAUCCGUCGUCUUGCACGCCGUGGUGGUGUGAAGCGUAUCUCUGGCCUCAUCUACGAGGAGACCUGUGGUGUCCUCAAGGUCUUCCUGGAGAACGUUUUCCGUGAUGCUGUCACCUACACCGAGUAUGCCAAGCGAAAGACCGUCACCACCAUGGACGUCGUCUAUGCUUUAAAACGUCAAGGCCGUACCCUUUACGGUUUUGGUGGUUAG